AUGCCGACAACCAAAGGCGUGAGAAAUCAUGGGCUAUUCGAUGCACUUUGGAGGAUAUCGGAGUGCAAGGACUCGAACACCCCUGCUGAGGAAAUUCUGAUUAACGAAAUUCGACGCAGCCUGCCACAUUUUGUCCAGGAGAACCCGGAGUAUCCCUCCCUCUUACGUUUUAUCGCCGACUGCCUGCACACAACCGAGCUACCGGAUGGCCUUCCGAUCCCUGACGAGCAAGUCCAUCUGAAUAACAAGGAUACUCGGUAUCCAGCGCAAGUGAACGAUACCCUUUAUACACAACUCCGAAUGUACUCAACCUGCUCGUGUAGCACGCAACACCUGGAAUAUGCGCGGCUACGACUUGAUCCUGAACAUGGUAUGCAAGAUGAUGCGGACAUUCCAUUUGAUCUCUUGUUUUCGGCGGGUGCCGCAUCGUGUCGUACAACCAACUGUCAUUCACGGUGGAAGGAGGCCAAAGUAUUCGUUGCUCGGUAUGACGAUUUGAGAACUUCUGGAAACGGCGAAGCUAGCUAA